AUGAAGUUCCUGAAGCAUAUUAGGUCAAAGUCCAAGGUCAAGGAAAAGGAAAAGGAAAAGGAGAAAGCCCAGCCCCAAGGUUAUGCAUCACAGUAUGCCCCUCGCUCUGGAAGGGAUACCACAGCUCGUCUGCCACCUGCAAUACUGCAAAGAAUCUUCCUAGCGGUGUGUCCACUCACUGCUGAUGACAGCUAUGAUUCAUCGGAGGAGUCAUUGAUCGAUUAUGGCUGCGCGCUGUGUGAUCUGAAGGAUCUAGCGCAGUGUGCAAUGGUUUCGAGGAAGUGGUGGAAUGUUGCACAAGAUCUGCUAUAUCGGAAUAUUCGCAUCGAACCAGUGCACUACUGUGAGCGAGAAUAUGAACUGGCCGAAAAGCGAAAGCACAAGUCCUUCUUUGAUCGCAAUGCCGAUCCCACAGAUGCUCCCCGCGGGCGACUUCUGUUACUCAUGCGAACACUCAGGGAGAACUCGGUCUUGGCGUCAAGAGUCGUCUCUUUACGGUUACCAUACAUGACACGUGAAGGGUCGAAGGCCGAACUCGCGAGAACCGUAGCUGUGCUACCGAACCUCCGUUACGUUGACGUUCCGGAGGGCUUCUACAGCGAUGACAUAUCCUCAACUGCGCUAAAGCAGGAACUGCAGGUGUCAUGUCCAGAGAUUCGACGGAUGAAAUAUAAUCAUGGGUCAGAAAGAAGCCUGAUGCAGAUCCCGCGGCAACGGAUCUGGCAAAAUCUCGAGAUACUUGAGCUCUGCGGCCUGCAACUUGAGAUUGAAGAUCUCUUGGUUGUUCUGGGGUCUUUCUCUUCGUUGCAGGACCUGAAGCUUGUCGACCUUCCCUGGCUUGACGACAGUGUCUUCCGGCCAUCAUCACAGACCCUCCCCUUGUUCCCUCCUGUCAAACAUCUCACUCUACAAGAUACGCCUCGAGUCCAUGCUGGAGGACUGGCUACAUAUCUCUCUCAAGUACAGAACAGGGAGGCUUUGACACAGCUUUCCUUGUCCUCGACUGGUGUGCAGCCUCAACAACUCCAUCAUGUUCUUUCACGAGCGCCUUACCUUGAAUCUCUUUCGAUCCUUAAGGCGGUGGAGCGUCCAUUCCCCGUUGACCCUCCAAGUCGUCCAUUGGCGUCUCAAUCCCUUAGGCAUCUUCACUAUGAGAUCACCUCCGCUCUUUCAGCCCGCUUUGGUGGACAACCGCCUACAGCUUCGUAUUAUACUUAUCUUAUGUCCUCCCUGCUCGCCCAGCCACCUCUGCUUCCGAAUCUUACCGAACUGUACGUCCGCGACCCCAAUUUCGCCGAAACGCUUCUUCUCGCUCCACCGUCCCGUCCCUUCUCACCUGUUAAACCUACUUUCACGUUCUCACAACCUUUAUCGGUAUUCAGCAAAGGCGCUAAAGAGCUAGAAUGGAAUUUCACGUCGGUCACCCCUCCCGCUACAGGUCACCAGAAAAAAGGCAGCAUAUCGACGAGGCCAGUAAGUUUGAUGGGGGCGGAGAGUCUGAGUCCGGCUUGGUACCAAAUGACGAAGCAGCCAGGCCUGGAAGUCGCGGGUCGAUUACCAGCAAUGGAGAUAUGGGCAGGGAACGAAGGAACCUAUGGCGUUAAUGUCAAGACUACCGACAUCUUUUCACCAUGUUCCGCCAACCCUUCCGCCGCUUCGCCACCACAGCCCUCCGCAGCGGCCGAGUCGCUGAACCCUUAUGGCCUACGCGUCUCCUCCGCGCAGGGUGUGGUUGAAUCUCUCACUGGCGCCAUUGGCAGUACUCCCCUCAUAAAAUUGCAGAAAUUAUCCGACGAAACAUCUUGCAGCGUACUCGGGAAAGCGGAAUUUCAGAACCCAGGCGGUAGUGUCAAGGAUCGUGCUGCGCUGUAUGUGGUCAAAGAUGCGGAGGAGAGAGGGUUGUUGAAGCCGGGUGGGACGGUCGUAGAGGGUACGGCUGGAAAUACUGGGAUUGGGCUUGCGCAUGUGUGUAGGAGCAGGGGUUAUAAACUGGUUAUAUAUAUGCCGGAUACUCAGUCUCAAGGGAAGGUGGAUCUGCUCCGGUUGCUGGGUGCAGAAGUCUAUCCUGUGCCGGCGGUGGCUUGGGAAAAUAGCGAUAAUUACAAUUGGCAGGCCAAGCGGCAUGCGGAACGGGUAGCCAAGGAAGAUGAAGCUGGCGCAGUGUGGACGAAUCAAUUCGAUAAUGUGGCCAACCGGAGGGCACACGUGGAGACAACGGGCCCGGAAAUCUGGGCACAGACGAAAGGGAAGGUUGAUGCCUUCACUUGCGCAACGGGUACGGGGGGAACAUUGGCGGGCGUGACGAGAUAUCUCAAGGAUGUGAGUGGCGGGAAGGUUAGGUGUUACCUGGCAGAUCCACCUGGGAGUGUGCUGCAUAGUUAUGUGACGAGUGGGGGCAAGCUAAAAGAGAGGACAGGCGGAUCAAUUACUGAGGGCAUCGGUCAGGGCAGAGUUACGGACAAUCUCGCGCAAGAGGUAGGAGAGUUGGACGGAGCAGUGCAUAUCUCAGACGAGAAGAGCAUUGAGAUGGUGUAUCGAUGCCUCGACGAGGAAGGUUUAUACCUGGGCGCAAGCUCGGCGCUGAACGUGGUCGCCGCGAAAGAAGUCGCAGAGAGGCUUGGACCUGGUCAUACGGUGGUGACAAUGCUGUGUGAUGGAGCAUACCGAUACGCCGACAGGCUCUUCUCAGGCAAAUGGCUGGAAAGCAAGGGCCUGAGAGGAGCGAUACCCAAAAAAUUACAAAAGUAUAUUGUGCUGCCUUGA